AGUAUCGAGCUCGGUAGAAGGCAAGAACCGAAGCAGUUUGAGCCCCGACGAGAUAGAAGAAGCGCUGGUUUUACUGCUUCACAAAAACUAUAUUGAGUUCGCCAAAAAACUAUGCUCCGGAAGUACCACACCACACAAAAUCAAGGAGCAGGCAUUUAGAAACAUAGUCAGUGAUACCAUCGGUUUCACUACGAAAGAGGACCAAUGGAAUCAAUUCAAGAGACACAUACCAUAUGCUGAACCACAAGUUAUUGAUUACGAGCAAUUCCUCACUCUUUUCAACUAUCCGUAA